AUGGCGAACCUCCCACUUGAAAAAGACACUUCGCCAUUUUACCUCGAUGAGCUGAAUGACUGGAGGACGCGAUUAGGAUACAAGGACGAUGUGUUGACAAGCGAUGACGAUUUAGGGGUAGACGACAAUUCUUUAAGAGCCAGACAGCCUUCCAAACGGGCUGUGUACGAACGAGCAAUGAAGAUUCUACACGAAAGCCGUCUACCUUUUAACCAAGACAUUUGCCUUCUCCGAAGAGAGCAAGAUGGAAUAAUCCUUAGGCCUGUCGUAAGGAAACUUCGGAGUGUAGGUAGGGAGUUGCUCGUCAACGAAGAGAGAACGCAGAAAGAGAAGGCCGACAGAAAGAAGGAGGAGGAAGAAAGAGAACGAGAGAGGAUUGCGACUGAAAAGUCGAAAAGACAGCAGAUAGAAACACACUUAUCGCGUAAACAAAUAGAUAAACUGGAACAUCAAAUACUUCAAGUGUCACGACAGCUUGCGGCCGCGAAGGAGAAGGCAAAGAGUCAAGAAGAGAAAGCAGAAGGUACGACGGCCUUAAUGAAUAGCGCAAAAGCUGUAGUCUACACAGAAACGGAGCCAGAAAAGCAAGACGACUAUGGCCAUUCGCUAGCGAGCAGCAGAACCCCUCGAAAUGGAAAAGGAACCGUCGAUGGUUCGAAACUGAGCAGCACCGAGAAAGGUAGAUCGAGCACCGAAAAGGCGAAGCCAAAACAAGUCGUAAAAUCUAGAGUGACAGUCAUUGACUUGUCAGACGACAGCGAUUCUGCGAAUUUAAACAGCGCCUCUUUGCAAGCAGAGCAUGCAUUAGCAAACGCUAAGGCGAAUCUUGAAUUAGCGCAAGCUAAAGCCGAAGAUGUUCGCAGAAAAGUUGGCUAG